UCGGGUAGCAACAAAACACAGGUGCCAAACGGUAAAGGCGAGUACACAAUUCCCAUACUCUCACCUUUGUUUCCUACUCUCCUUAACCCACCUCUUGAGUUCGGAUGCUCAUUAAAAACCAUAGUCCCUCCUAGAAAUCUCCGAAACUACCAUAUCACGGUGGCAUAAAUAUUUUUCCUCAGCUGCCAUGGAUUCCUCCGCAUCGCAUGUGCCGGCGAGUGAAACGACGCCGUUCUGGACCGAUGAGAAGCACUUGCGCUACCUCCACACGAUGGAAGCUUCGUUCGUGCGCGCAAUGUUCAAAAACAGAGACAACUCCACACGCCUCGACCGCUACCUCCCCGACACCUCCGAGUCCACCUUGGAUUUGAAACCACACUCCCAUCGCGGCACCGUAAAACACCAUGCACCCUCAGAUUCAAUGGGUCCAAUAAACAGAAGAAGGAGGAGUAUGAGGAGAUCAUCUCAGCCCUACAAUUCCUCACAGGAUCAGGUGGUCCCACAAGUAGAAAACGAAAGAGAAGGUGCAGCAUGUAAAUGUAAUGGUGACGAUGAUAAAAGAGCAGAAAAUUAAUGUUUAGUGUACCUUUUUCACCAACCCUCCUACCCCUCUUCAUUUUUUUAUUCUGCCCAGUUAUUUAUUUUACUAUUUAUUUCACCUCUGUAUUUUAUAUGUUUUACCUAAAAUUUGUCUCUUUACUUAUUAGUAAUGUAAUGCUCUUUCUCUAAUUCGUGACAUGUAAGUGACAGACAUAUUUAAUUACCUGUUGUUUAUUAAGA